AUGUCUGAGACUACCGCCACUCCAGCUUCCUCCGGAAUGAUCUUCGUUGGAAACCUCCCAUUCAGCCUUACCGAGGCUGAGUUGACCACCAUGUUCGCCGCCUACGGUGCUGUUGUCAACUCCAGAAUCAUCAAGAGAAGAUCAACUUCACUCGGAUAUGGUUUUGUCGAAAUGGAAAACGAGGAGUCUGCUGUGAAGGCCAUCGCUGCUCUGAACAAGUCAGAGAUCAGCGGCAGAGCCAUCAACGUCGAGUUGUCAAAGGAGACUGGCCCAAGAAAGACCACCACCACCACCUCCACCCCAACCACCACCUCCACCAAGCCAUCAGGCAGAUCGCGCAGACCAAAGACCACCUCGGACGCUGCCCCAGUCUCUGGUGACGCCCCAUCCACCUCGUCCACCGACUCGACCGCCGCUGGCGCCUCGACCGGCAGACCAAAGAGAAGAUCAAACACCAAGAGAAGAUCAGACGCUGAGGUCUCCCCAGCCGCCACCUCCACCACCCCAGCCGAGCCAAAGGCUGCCUCCCCAGAUACCCUCUUCGUCACCAACGUCCCAUUCAGCGUUGACAACGAGAAGUUCCUGGCCUUGUUCAAGGACUUCUCACCAAAGAGCGCUCACAUUGUCAUCAACUCCAGAUCAAACAGAAGCAGAGGCUACGGAUUCGUCGUCUUCAACACCACCGCCGAGCAGCAGAACGCUCUCGCCGUCAACAACACCGAGAUCGACGGCAGAAAGAUCUCUGUCAAGGUUGCCUACCUCCAUGAGGAGAAGCCAGCCGAGACUGCCACUGAGACCCCAGUCGCUGCCAAC